AUGGCAGAGGAAGCAGACAUCUUGGGACAGGACUCUGAUGGGGACAGUGAGGAGGUGGUCCUGACCCCUGCCGAGCUCAUUGACCGGCUGGAGCAGGCGUGGAUGAAUGAAAAGUUUGCCCCCGAGCUUCUGGAAAACAAGUCUGAAAUCGUAGAAUGUGUCAUGGAGCAGCUGGAGCACAUGGAAGAAAAUCUCAAGAGGGCCAAGAAGGGGGACCUGAAGGUCAGCAUCCAUCAGAUGGAGAUGGAGCGGAUCCGCUUCGUCCUGAGCAGCUACCUGCGCUGUCGGCUCAUGAAGAUAGAGAAGUUUUUCCCUCACAUCCUUGAAAAAGAAAAGACCCGCCGAGAGGAGGAGCCUUCCAUCCUUUCUCCGGAGGAGUUUGUCUUUGCCAAAGAGUUCCUGGCUAACACCGAGACCUAUCUGAAGGACGCAGCCUUAAAGCACAUGCCUCCCAAUCUACAGAAGGUGGAUCUCUUGAGGACAGUUCCCAAACCAGACCUAGACGCAUACGUGUUUCUUAGAGUGAAAGAGCGACAAGAGAACAUCCUGGUGGAACCAGAAACGGACGAGCAGAGGGACUACGUGAUCGACCUGGAGGAGGGCUCACAGCACUUGAUCCGAUACAGAACCAUCGCACCCCUGGUCGCUUCUGGGGCUGUACAGCUAAUUUAA